CAUGUUACCAGCAAUCAUAAGCCAACCAUCCCUUACUCACUGCCUGGUUGUCUCCCCUCAUCUUCCCUUAGAUUCACAUUCCAUGAGCCCUUCUUUUGUCUUGACCUCCCCAUAAGAGCACAAGAACAAGCCACAAGACAUAGACGAUGGAAUCUUUUGAGGCAUAGGGACAGAACAGACAGAUCUCCUCUUCUGUCACAUUUUGACCAAGACUAGAUCACCAUCAUCUCAUGCACUGAGCAGCUAUAUAAGCAGGAGGGCUUUGACAUAGCACAAAGCAUAGACAUGCAGAUCCUCCGGUGGCUGUUCAAGGUAUCACAAGAGCAAGCAAAAGGGAACUCUUGCAGUUCGACAGAUAGUAAGAAUACACUCUCAGAUCAAAAAGCUGGUCAAGGGAAAAAUAUAGCUCUGUUCGAGAAGUCCCGGAGACCAAGAGGGAAAGAGAAGGCCAAACCGGGCCACUCAAAGUUCGCUCCGUUUGCCAUAUUAUGCAGAAAAGAUGUUGCUAAGGCUUGCUUCUAUAGCACCAUCAACUUGAGGAGACUCGGCAGCGUACACCGGAGACAAAAUCCAAUCCACACAAAAAGAAUGAAGAAAGAAGAUAUCGCGAGAGGGCUCAGCAUUAUCAGCCAAAAGGCAGAUUCCGGCGCUGCUCACGGUGGGAACAAGGUUUUGCCAGUCAGCGACACGGCAUUAGCCUCUUCAGCAACUACUGCAAAUGACCAAUCCGGCACUUCUGAGAAGAAGGAGAAGGUUAAGGGUGAUAAGGCGAAGGCCAUCUCAAGAAUGAAGGAACUCUUGAGAUGGGCAGCCACUUCAAAAGCCGAGAAGGGCGGAAAGUUCAUCAGUCGAAAGCUAUUACAGUUCCGGCAACGAGGAGCCCUCAAGGCGAUACCAGAUGAUGACCAAUUCAGCAACGAAUCUCCGAAGAUCAGUUUCAGAUGGGACGUGGACAGCUGCUCUACCAUUUCCACAUCUUACUCGGCCAUUUCUCUAGCUUCAGCGAGGAUCGAUCCAAUUGCUAGCCGAUUAUCGGCGGAUUCAAUUCCACCACACAUAACAGAUCAGUGCCUUCCAAGAAAAGGGAACUGGAUCACCACAGACUCAGAGUUCGUGGUGCUAGAGCUGUGAAAUGCCGGGACGAGAAGAGGCUCCAUCUAUUCACGGGAAAAUCAGCUCGCUUCUGAUGCGAAACGGGACUUCCGCUCGCUGCUGGUCGCACAGAAAUGUUAGAGCCUAUUCGUUGCUCAGAUGGACAGAUCGGAAAAGUGAAUGUACCCCGCAUAAAUUAACUCUUUUUGUAAUGGAUCAAUCGAAUAGGUUUCGGAUCAGUGUGUACAUAAUGAAGAUUCAAAUCGCGAUAAGCUAAUAUAGUCACCACAAGAUCCACGAUCUAGAA